AGUUAACCUCAAAUUCAAAAUAAAGUAAACACGUGCGGCUAUUUUCCGAUAAAAUACAGCGAAUAUGGGCAAGUUUCGAAGUAAAUUGAAAGGCCAAACGAAGGGCAAACGCUGGCUGAAGGGUCAGAGUUCCAGCUCGAACCCUGAAACGCAUAAACACAGAGAUUUGGCGAAGAAUCGAUUUUUUCAAGCGAAUUUAGAUACAAGUUCUCUAACAUCCGACGCUUUAAGAAAACACGAUGCCAUACAGUCGUUUUUACCAAAUGCACCUAAAAAUGAUAUUGAAAUGGACGAAGAAGUUGAAUCUUCGGUGGCGAGUGGAAGUUCUUAUAAAACAAUGCAAUCGUUUGCUUCUGAUUGGUCAGCUUGCAGUAACAUGUCGUUUAGUAGGUUUAUGAAAGUGUUCAGAUCUGAUUCUGCACUGCACAAAGAAAUGUUAGCUAUUUUGGCUGCUAUAACGGAGGUUAUUAAAGAGAAUGGGGGAAAGGAGACACCUACUGAGUAUUUUUGUUCUUUGUUGACAACGUUGGAACAAGUUUAUAAUGUAGAAGAAAAAAAUGAAAGUCAAGUAACAGCAGUUUUAUCAUUGAUAAGUAUGGGGAUUAAAACUGUACCUGAAGGUGUACUGAGGACUAAUUUUGACAAUGUUACUGUUAAAAUGUUACAUAUUCUUAAUGACUAUGUUAAUUCUGACAACAAUCAAAUUAUAAAGUCUAUUUUUCAAGUUCUAUCAUACAUGUUAAAAACACAAGAUUUAGCGUCUUGGACAGGUGGUUCAACCAAUCAAAUUUAUAAGGCUAUUUUGAAUCCUUUCAGUCUUCACUCUAAACCUAAGUGGAGAAAGGCAGCACAACAAGCUGCUACACAUGUUUUAAGAUCUGAAACUUUUGCUAAUGGAACAAAUAUACCAGCAAAUUCAGUUGCCAUAUUUUGUGAGGAAACCUUACAAUCUUGUACUGGUAGUAAUUCUGGUACUGUAUCUGUUUCGACUUUGCAAACUGGGCAAACCACAAUUUUACAUGUGUUGGGACUUUUAAAGGAAACAAUCAGUUAUUUCUCUGUAAACCAUAUUAAGAAAUGCUGUGAAGCAAUUUUGCAACUAUUAACCCUAAACUACCCCAUUGUGACAUCGUGCGGUUUGCAAGUAAUGCACAGCCUAUUUUCCGCGCAAAAGUGCGUCGUACCUGCGCAGUUGAACGCGCAGAUCAUCACCGCCCUCUAUGAAUACCAACCGGCAACAACUGACGUUCAACCCACGUUGGCGUGGCUGGCCGUGAUGCAGCAAGCUCACGUACACCUGUCAGACGUUGAUGUUGGUAUGUCCAGUCUCGCCCUGCCGAAAAUCUUCCAGACUGUCACUCAAUUGUGGCUGUCGGAGAAAGCGGAAGUUAUGACGGGGGCUACGCAUGCGCUUGAGAUACUUUUGAAGGAUGCUGCGUCCCCUAUCUGUCAGACUAAGGAAUCAGUGUUGCAGCACCGUUCCAAGUUGGAGAAAUGUUUCAAUGCUAUACAGCUUGGGUUGGGUUAUCAAUAUAACACCGUUUGGCAUCAAGUAUUGCACACUUACAGCAUUAUGUUUGAGGCCGCAGGUCCACAUUGUAGCGAUUUAAUGAUUGGUCCGUUAAAAUCUUUGGCUGAACUGAGAGAUUCUUAUAAAUUCAGUUAUAACAAUGAAUUGGAACAUGCUGUUGGUGCUGCCAUUAGGGCUUUAGGACCUGAAAUAGUUCUAGGUGUUAUAACAUUAAAGAAAGAUAACGGUGAUCUAAAUAUAGACAGGUCUUGGUUACUGCCUGUCCUUAAAGAAAACAUAAAAUGCGCUACUCUGGAAUAUUUCGUUAAAGGUAUUCUACCUUUGGCUCUAUUCUGUCAAAACCGCGCUACGCAGUUAGCGCAAAGAAAUGACGGAAUCGGAGCUCACAGCUCCGAAUUGCUCUAUCUACAAUUAUGGAAUUUGUUGCCAUGUUUCUGUAACAAACCUACAGAUAUUGCGAAGGAGUUUAAGACUAUUGCUAAAGUUCUGGGUACAGUUAUUUCCGAUAAAAAGGAGCUUCGAUUGGCUGUUAUGGCCGCUUUGAGGAAGUUGAUAACAAGCGCGAAAGAAAGCGAAUGUGAAGAAGACUUAAAGGAAAUUUCUAGAUUUGACAAGAAUUAUUUGCCCAUUUUGUUUAACCUUUAUACUACUAAACCCAUUGGUAGCGACGAGGAGGGACAGCGGUUGGCUGCAUUGGAUACCAUUAAGGUAUUUUUAUCAGUCGCCAGAACGGAACUAACUCAGCAACUCUUCGCUCACGCUCUAGAGCGCUUAAACAGCUCCUCGGAAGACCCGGAAGACUCGUUUAUCAAGGAAAGCAUCCUGGACCUGAUCAGGGCCCUUGUGUCGUACCAAAAAGCCGAAAACAUCGCCAAGUUGUACGAGCAAUGCGUCAAAAACCUGCCGGAAAUAACCAACAACAAGGAGCAGAAAAAAGCGUACAGAAUCCUGGAGGAGAUCUGCGGCAGCGAGUCGGAGGGGUGCAAGGAGUUCAUCAAAAGUAACAGGAAGGAUGUUCAGAGGUUGCUGUUGAAAUCGCUGAACUCGGCUGCGGUUUCGAGCAAGGGUAGCAGGCUCAGAUGCCUGAGCUACUUGAUAAAAGCGCAACCGCAGCUGGAUCAGGACAGCAAGCUCGUCAGGUCUACCUUGGCUGAAGCUGUGAUGUGCUGCAAGGACAUCAACGAGAAGUGCAGAACGAUGGCGUACAGUUUGAUUAAUUCGGUGGGUGAGAUUCUCAUGAGCCACAACCAAGUCAACGAGUUUUUGGCGCUGCUGGUGGCAGGUCUGGCCGGCACUCCGCAGCUGAUGAGCUGCACUAUUUUGGCGUUGACUUCGGUUUUGCACCAUUUUUCUGGUGCUUUGGGACAGGACAAUAUAAGGCAAUUAUUGGAAAAUGUUUGUAUAUUGUCCACUUCAGCCACUAGAGAAGUUGUGGCCUCUUCAUUGAGUUUUAUUAAAGUGUAUAGUACCUGUAUGCCUAGUCCAAUUGUAGCUGCAUCAUUGCCAACUAUAAUGAAAGCUUUAGUAGAGAUGACAGAAGACUGCAAGAGGCACUUCCGUUUAAAAGUGCGCGAUAUUUUAGACAGACUAAUAAGAAAAUACGGCUGUGAAAGUCUCUCGCCUCACGUGCCGCAAACCGAUACGGUCAUGUUCAAACGACUCAGAAACCUGAGAAAACUCAACGCCAGAAAGAAGAAGAUGAAGGACGCGAACAAGGAUGAUCGCGACAGCGACGAUGAAGAGUUCUUGGUGAAGAACAAAUUAAAUAGUGUGGAUGAUAUUUUGGCCGAUUCAGACUCAGAUUUCGAAGAUAUGGAGGUGGAACAGUCCAAACCCAAACAGAAACCUUCUAAAUCUAAGACGGUUAACACCUGGAUCGAGGAAGAUCCUGACUCGAUUGUAGAUUUUACUGAUCCCACUGUCUCCAGUAAAAUUACAGCUACUAAACCUGGACAAGAACCCAAGCCAACUCUUACGAAGAAACCCGAAAAAGACCGAGGCUUCAAAACAGCUUUAGAUGGUCGUCUUAUUAUUAAAGACAAUUCUUCCGACAGCGAUAGUGAGAAAAAAACAUCAAAGUUUAACAUGGAAGACUCUGAUUCAGAUGAUAAUAAUAGUAUAGCUGAGACUUUAAUGUUAGCUGAUCGCAAACGCAAAAGAAGCACAGCUAGUGUUAAAAGUGGCUUUAGUGCAGCUUCUUCUCAACAUCCACCUACAAAAUAUAAAACUGGCGGUAUUGGUAUUCACAGGCCUUUGGAUAGUUCUUCCUCUGUGGCUGGAAGUGAAUAUAAAUCAAGAAAAGCAAGUGGUGAUGUAAAGAAGAAGGGAAAAGUUGAUCCUUAUGCUUAUUUGCCUUUGCAAAAGAGUGCUUUAAAUAAGAGGUUGAAGAAAAAGUCUGGUGGACAAUUCAAGAAUAUUAUUAAGGCAGCAAAGGCUGGCGCCCUUAAAGGUGCCAAAGCAAAAAAGAAUAGAAAAUUGUAAUUUAUUUAGGAUGUACUUUUAAAUAUUGUUAUAAAAUAAAGAAAUAAUUAACAUA